AAGCUCGCUCUAGAGCUAGUGUUUUCUACUCAGUCUUCCUGAGGAGACUUUCUUUAAGCGGGAGAGAGCAGAGAAUCGUGAAAAUCACAGUUUAUUUUUAGCAAAAUGAGAUAGUUAUAAUGAAAUGAAAGUGAAAUUAUUUAGCAAGUGUUGGAACUUAACAAAAACUAAACGAAAUACCAGUUCUUAAUUAAAUUCAUUAGCUUUUCCAAAACAUCGAGUCAAGGUAACCCCGCUCGGUCAAUGUAAAGGCAUUGAUCUUGAAAAAUCCCGGUUUAAAACCUUCCAAAUUUCAAACGCGAUGAAUUUUCUCAUCCGUUUCUUGUGUGUAAUCCUGCGGGUGAUCGACGCAUUGGCAACCCCCAUCUAUUGGUUGAAAUCUCGCGGGAAAAAACGAGCAGUGCCAACGAUUAAAGACGGUCUUUUGAAAAUCAGUGCGACCGAGUUGGCUGAAAAAAUCCGUAACCGGGAGUUGAGCAGCGAGCAGAUUUGUGCGGCUUAUAUCAAGCGGAUCAAGGAAGUAAAUCCUUUGCUAAACGCCGUUGUUGAGGAACGGUUCGAAAGUGCAUUGCAAGAUGCACGCAAUGUCGAUAUCUAUCUGCAAUCGUUGUCAGAACACGAAGAGUUAGCCAAGACGAAGCCUUUAUUAGGAGUACCGUUGACCGUAAAGGAAAGUUGCUCACUUGCAGGCUUUAGCCUUUGUGGAGGGACUGUCUCCAGGGCCGGAAUCAAAGCAGAUCAAGACGGAGAAGUUGUUUCAAAAUUAAAAUCUAGUGGUGCCAUUCCCCUCCUCGUCUCUAAUACUCCUGAAAUUUGUUUGAGUUGGGAAAGCAGCAAUUUCGUGACGGGUCAAACAAACAACCCUUAUGAUGUGACUCGGACUAGUAGUGGGUCUUCAGGGGGCGAAGGGGCACUUCUUGGAGCUGGUGCUUCGCUGAUUGGAAUCGGAUCGGAUGUUGCCGGAUCGAUUCGAUUGCCGGCAAUGUUUAAUUGUGUGUUUGGACACAAACCGACAGCAAGAACUAUACCAAUAAAAGGUCACUUUCCUUAUUGCACAGAUGAGAGAUACGCCGACUUUUUCGCAAUAGGGCCGAUGACCCGAUAUUCAAAAGAUUUAAAAUUGAUGAUGAAGGUUAUGGCGAAUGAAUCACUUUUGCCCGUUUUGAGAUUGGAAGACAAGGUUGAUUUAAGCAAAAUUCGUGUGUUUUUCAUGGAGGAGGAAAGCAAAUCGUUUGUGUCACCGAAAGUGCAAGACGAGAUUAGUCAAGCGAUUCGACAAAGUGUUGAAUAUUUGAAAGUUAGAUGUAAUUGUGAAAUUAUCAGCGAUUUUAAAUUUACAGAAUUAAAAAAUAGUUGUGAAAUUGCGGGAUCGGCGCUUUACAGCUUGGAUGACAUUCCUAAUUUAUUAAAGGCUGAUAAUCAAAAUUUGGCUCUUGAAUUACUCAAGAGUGUCAUCGGACAAUCAAAUUACACAUUUAAUUUGCUUUUUUUCUAUACAUUGCAAUACAUGUUUAAAACAUUUGUUACAAAUGAGGGUUACUUGAAAAAGAACGAAUAUUUAAAACAGCUUUUUACAGAAAAAUUGGGUCAAGAUGGAGUUUUUCUUUACCCAACAUUUACAACAUCUGCGUUUUACCAUGAUUCAUUCUUAUUUAAAUCAAUGGGAGUGUCUUAUUUAAUGAUUUUUAAUUCGCUUGGGUUGCCAGCAACAAAUAUCCCUUGUGGACUUGACAAAAAUGGAUUGCCAGUAGGAAUACAAGUUGUAGCAGCCCCUUAUCAGGAUAGAUUAUGUUUUGCUGUGGCGGAAGAAUUAGAAAAAUGUUUCAAUGGGUGGAUAUCACCAAAUUAAUUUCUUAUAAACUUUGUAGUGUUAUUUUAAAUAAAAAGACGAAAAAGAAAA